AUGAACACACAACUCAACGAUAGUCUAUCACAACAAUGGUUCACAAAGUUCAAAUACAUAUGCGUACCGCUACUGGAGAAGUCACAGUUAUCUGCAGGGACCGUAGCAAAUAUAUUGCUUCUGCUGUCCAAUCUUGAAAGCACACUGCUUGAUGCGGGUGGAACUGGAUUCACCCUAUCUCAGUCCUUGGUGUCAUACAUAUUUUUCCCAUUAUCCACAAUCCUCCGCCGGAAUGACUUGUCUGUCAUCCCGGACCAAAUUCUGGAGAAGAUAUUUGGUGUUCUUGCCAUUCUAUGUGAAACAUGGUGGUGGUACUGCGACAUACAGAUAUGGGACCAGAUAUUCAAGUUAUCCAGCUCGAUCAUCGGGGGUGUCGAAGGCAAGGGCAAGGGCAAAGUCAGGGAUGAUGAAACUAAAGAAGCAGCCGCACGAUGUCUGUGGGCUAUCCUUCGGGAACGUCGCGUAGAAGAAGCGCCACAAGAAUCUCCCGAGGAACUAUUGCACACGCGUGUUUCACAGUUUCAAGUUCAUUCACAGAGCCUGCAAUUCAUGCCUAUCCUCGGACAGACCAUCAAUACGCUCCUUCUCCCCGCAAAGUCUCCUCAUCUCAAAUUGCAACGCAUUUCGCUGAAGAUUCUGCGUGCACUCAUCAGCGUAUAUGCUUCAGAGCAAUUUUUGCCUUCCAUCUUACCCGGUGUCGUGAGCAGCAUGACCAGAAUCGCUCUUGGGAUGUCGAGCAAGAAGGGAUGGGUCAAUGGAGAUAUCGUUGCUUUGAGUCUUGGGACCCUGGAGCCUGUGAUCGUGAAGUCGUUAGGAGAUGAUGUAUCCAUCCGAGAGGGUGUCGUUCGGAGUGUCGUGGACCUGGAAGACUUCAUCAACCUCACAGGCGCCCCUGCGGUGGAUCCGAAACCACCUGAGUUACCUCCCUACUUGACUCCACGUACUUCGAGUUGGUUGCGUGCGUCGGCAUCCCAACUGCACAUCGCGAUAAAUUCUCUAACACCGCUCGUGAAUCAUCCGACACCGCUCGCUUUGGUUGCCUUGUCGUCUUUCUCACGGACCAUCCUUGCCUCCACAUAUUUGACUCUUUCCCAAUCUCGACCUCUUCUAUUGUCUUGGCUCUUGUCACUAUCAAACUGUGCUUUCACAGAGGUUUCGCAAGCCGCCCAUCAAGCCCUAUCGGAACUCCUAACAGCCGCUUCAGAUGUGAGACUACCGCUACUCCAAGCACUUCUUGAAAUAUCGAAAGAGAACCUCAGUUCUUUGCCUCGAUCCAUCGUUUCCCAGGAUGACACCAAGGUGGAACAUAUCGCAGGCCAGAUAGAGGCAAUCUGCCGGUUGGCUACGUCCAGUAACAUGUCUUCUACAGGCCUCGGUCUGACGUCAAUCUCCUUGGGUAUCGAUACGCUAUUGGGGCCAACUGGCGGAAUCGAAAAGUGGGGUUUUACUCUACUUUCUGUCUUGGAGUUCACAAGUCCACAAAUGAGUGUCAGCCAGGGCCCCGUCGCUCAACUCUUAUUAGAGGACAAUGCAGACAACCUGGACACAGUUAAUUUCCCUGAGGUGAUGUUAAAAAACGCUCUCGCAAGGUCCACGCACGAUGCUCUGGCUCGCAUGCUACGCGCUUUGGGGAGAAGCAGCGGCGAAAAUAGCAUCUACGCUGUUGAAUGGUUCAUCAGUAUAGGGCGGUAUUCACGAGCCAACAAUGCCAUUGCAGCAUUAUGGUGUGCUGCUCGCAUCCUUGAAGGGAUCAGCGGCUUUGGUCUGGACGAAGGUGGCAUGGCUAUUUCGAAUAGGCCCCACAGCAGGAAACUGGAGCGGUUUGCAAGAGGCUUAGCCCGUGACCUCGCUGAGUCAUGGGACGAAGAGCCAGAUCUCAGCAGCCAGACUGAUAUUCCCCGCACGGAUCGUCAGACGGAUGACUCGUUGCUGGAGGUGGGGUUCACAAAGGGCUUCAAGACUAUCCGUGCCACCCUGCAGGUUGCGGAGCCAAGAGCUACACUGCCCACUCUGUCUCAAGAUCAACCCAUGCUGCAUCAGAUAUUUCGCUUGCAGUUGCUUUCAAUCAGCGCGGGAAUCUUGCAGGCUCGCUAUACCUCCGUUCUUAUCCAGGUCCUGUAUCCGGUUUUACAUUCGAUCGUAUCGCCCACACCCCAUCUUUCGUUGACCGGGCUUGCGACACUGCAUUUUAUGUCAGCAGCCAUGUCAUACGCCUCUCCAGCCAAUCUCCUACUGUCGAACUUUGACUAUGCAUUGGACUCUGUUUCCCGCCGCCUUAGCCGCAGAUGGCUUGACAUUGAUGCGACGAAAGUGAUGGCCGUGCUUGUUCGCCUCGUAGGGGCUGAUGUGGUGCAGAAGGCUGGUGAUGUCGUUGAAGAAUGCUUUGAUCGUUUGGAUGAGUAUCAUGGGUACGAAGUUAUUGUCCAAGGCUUGGUGGGCGUAUUGGGAGAAGUGAUCAAGGUCAUCGAGGCUGAAGAGCCUCUCACCCAAAAGGAAUAUCAGGACGACACGCAGUCGUCAAUGAUAACCAGUUCAUUGGAGCCACUCUUUGAAUGGCUUUCUCAUCGGAAGGAUCUUCCGCCUCAUGAAGACGCUACUGACCACGGUCCUGCCCCUCAUAAGGCAUGGGGUACUACCAAGACAGAUGAAGAAUCUGCUGAAAAACAGUCAGAUAGUCCUGCCACACAACCGAAAGUUGCCGAAGAUACCGAGCCUGCGCCCACACCGGGACAAGCCUCAACCAAGCAGAUGGUUUCACGAUCUAUCUAUUUUCUUACACACGCUUCACCCGUCAUUCGCGCUCGGAUCCUGACCUUGCUAAGUUCCGCCACUCCGGUCCUCCCUGAGUCAGCCCUGUUACCAUCUAUUCAUCUCGCUUGGCCAUUCAUCUUGAAUCGUCUUAAUGACGCUGAGCCAUUUGUAGUCAGCGCGGCUGCUGGUCUUGUGGAAUCGCUCGUGACCCAUGUUGGCAGUUUCAUGGGCAGGCGAGUGUGGGACGAUGUCUGGCCCCGUUUUGGCAACAUUUUGAAAAAGCUAGAUGCAUCCGACAAUCAGAAUGCCCUUGCACGCCGUGGUUAUGGAGCAGUAGGAACGGAAUCAGCAUACACCCAUUCUCAUCGCUUAUAUCGCUCCAUUCUGCGGACGAUGACGGCUGCCGUAGCUGGUGUCCAUAUGCAAGAUGCAUCCGGUUGGCAGGUCAUACUCGCAUUCAGGCGCUUCUUGCACAAACAGGCACACGAGGAACUGCAGGCCUAUGCAAGAGAGUUGUAUGUCGCGCUCGGCAGGGGUAAUGAAGAUGCCGUAUGGCUGGCGCUUAUGGCGACGUGUGGACAUUUGACUGGUGAAGUCGCUUACUUGAGAGAAUACAGGUGGGAUAUACAAGACAAUGUACGCGUAAUCCUCAAUGCGUAA